CGACGCCUCAUGUGACGGGCCCGGUGACCGGGCCCCCUUCACACCCCCGUGCCCUGCCCGCCCCUGCGCCGGGGGCAGCCCCCUGCGGUGAGGCUCGGAAGAGGAGGGCAGAGGCAGUCCCUACCCGUCCCCGCCCCAAACAGCCUCUGGGUACGUGCUCCUCAGCGUCCUUCCCCGCGGGCAGCAGCCGCGGCCUAGGCCCGGCGGAGCCCCGGCCCCUCCGGAGCCGUGGGCAGGAUGGCGCUGGAGGCUUCUCACAGGGGUCACAGAAUCGUUUGGGUUGUUAAAGUCCUUGAAGCUGCUGCAGUCCCAGCCCUUCCCUCACGCUGCCAAGCCCACCACAGACCCACAGCCCUCAGCACCUCGCCCCACGGCUUUGGGAUCCCUCCAGGGCUGGGCACUCCCCCAGCUCCCUGGGCAGCCUGGCACAGGGGCUGAUACCCCUCCCAGGGAAACAGCUCUGCUUCAGCUCCAACCUCAACCUCCUCUGGGGCAACUUCACGCCUUUUCCUCUUGUCCUGUCACUUGUAACUGAAGAGCAGAGAGCGAACCCCAGCUCAAUCCAGCCUCCUGUCAGGGCGUUGCAGAGAGUGGUCCUGUCUCCCCUCAGCCCAGUUGGCUUGUAGGCACAUGAUGGGGUUUAGGAGACCACAGCAGGUUGUGCAGGAUACGACAACAGCUCUGAAGUAGGGGCUGAGAGGGCAGAGGAAGUGAUGCUUAUUUCCUGCCCGCUACCAAAGAAAUAGACCUUGUGGCUCCUUUGACAGGAUGUGACCUGAGAGAUGGCGGAUAAGCUGCUCCUGAACUCACGGACAGCCUUUGUGGAGCGUGUGAGCAAGCCACUGAUCUCAGGGCUGUUGGAUGAGCUGCUGGCCCAAGGGGUGCUGAACCAGGAGGAGGUGGAUGAGGUGCAGGAUCGGUACACGGUGCGUGCUGACAAAGCCCGCUGCCUCAUCGACAGCGUGCGCCUGAAGGGCUCCAAGGCCAGCCGCAUCUUCAUCGAGAGCCUCAGGAAGCGUGAUGGCACCUUGGCAGAGCAGCUGGGUCUGGCUGCUGACUCAGGGGCCCCCAGUGUGCAGUUGCCCUCCUACAAUGCUGAGGCCCCCCUCGGGCCCUCCAUCAGCAUCCAGGGCCAGCAGUGGAUCCAGCAGUGUUCCCUGAGCGAGUACCAGCGCAUCAGGGAUGCAGAAGGAGACCAGAUCUACCCCAUCCAUCUGCCACGGGAGAUGCGAACCCGUAGGGCUCUGCUCAUCUGCAACAUCGAGUUUGAGCACAUGAGCCGGCGGAACGGGGCUGAAGUGGAUGUGGAGGGCAUGAUAAAGCUGCUGGAAGGGCUUGACUAUGUGGUGGAUGUCCAUCAAAACUUAACUUCCCAGGGGAUGGUUGAGGUAAUGAAGGAUUUUGCAGCCCACAAAGAGCACUGCACCUCUGACAGCACUUUCCUGGUCUUCAUGUCCCACGGAGUCAGGGCUGGGAUCUGCGGGACCAAGUGCAGAGACGAGACCACAGACAUCCUUUCCCUUGACACCAUCUACAAGAAUUUCAACAACAAGCACUGCCAGGCACUGCUGGGAAAGCCCAAAGUGGUGAUUAUUCAGUCCUGCCGUGGAGGAAACGUGGGGUCCGUGAUGGUCAGUGAUUCUGCAGACCCUGCCAUGCCCACUCUCAGCUCAGCUCCCAGGAUCCCUGCAGGGCUGGAAGAUGAUGCAAUCUUUGAAGUCCACCUGGAGAGUGAUUUUGCCACUCUGCAUUCCUCAACACCAGAUACUGUCUCCUGGAGAAGCUCAGUAACAGGCUCCCUUUUCAUCCAGCACCUGAUAGAGCAGUUUCGAAACCACGCCUGGAACAGUGACUUACAGGAGCUCUUCCGAAAGGUCCAAUACUCCUUUGGAAAGUUCCCCCGACAGUUGCCGUCACAAGAACGCACGACAAUGCUCAGGAAGUUCUACCUGUUCCCAGGCCACUGAUCUCCUGCCCACGGACAAGAGGAAAAGCCAAGAACAGCUCUGCAGACACAUGGUCAAUCUCCAAACCAGCUACUUGUGCCCCCUCUGCUAGGCAAUUCCAAACAGAUCUGGAAUAAAAGAGUC